GUAAGAUGAUCGAGCGAUGCAAAGGACUCUGCCGCUACAUUAUCGACUUAUUAUGAAUAACUUUUUUUAAAGUUUUUUUAAUAUUAGGUUUUAGUCGCGUUAAACGGGCUUCCUCUCUCCUGAAAUCUUCCUUUUGUCAAGUUUACCGGGACCAGAAGAUGUGUAAAGUUUUCGAAGACUUCCCUCGGAUCUCUGCAACAGCACAGGGUAGUUUCUGAUCAGGCAUCAGCAGCUUUGUUAGGUCAAAACGAGAUUGGAUGUUGAUAGGACAAAACUGAAAGGUGUAAACUCGGUGGAUUUUUUUUUCUUCCAUUGUUACCUGCAGAGUUCAGAGUCGCGCGUAUUAAAAAGUUGUUCAGAGCAGAUUGUGACGCGCUGUUUAACAGAUGGGAUGAUGAGAUUGUGCACCUGAUUCGAUAAGUGAAUGGAUGAUUAGAAUAUAAACCAACUAAAUGAUAUAAUAUAAUUUUCUUGUGGAUAUGGAGUGAUAGGAAUUUGCAACUUUUGGGGAUUCUUCGCGCUCGAAAAUCACCGGAUUGAAGAAUGGCUCGAUUUGGAGAUGAGUGCGCUCCUAGCACGGUGGACUCCGGGGAUGGAGACCCGGAGCUCGGCGGGGAAGGAGCGGACGCGGCUGCCGAGAGUCUCACCGCCUCCAUCAGGCAAGCCAAGGCGCAGCGGGCCCGGACCAUGGCUAUGUACAACCCCGUGCCCCACCGGCAGAACUGCCUCACCGUCAACAGGUCGCUCUUCAUAUUUGCAGAGGACAACUUCAUCAGGAGAACCGCCAGGCGAUUCAUUGAAUGGCCACCAUUUGAGUACAUGAUCCUGGCCACCAUCACCGCUAACUGUGUUGUGCUGGCCCUGGAGCAGCACCUCCCUGGAGACGAUAAGACCCCCAUGGCAAAGAGACUGGAGAAGACAGAGCCGUACUUCAUCGGGAUCUUCUGCUUCGAGGCGGGGAUCAAGCUGCUGGCCCUUGGUUUCGUUUUCCAUAAAGGCUCGUACCUGAGGAACGGCUGGAACGUCAUGGACUUCAUAGUCGUGCUCAGCGGGAUCAUGGCCACUGCUGGAGCCCACAUGAACAUCCCCGUUGACCUUCGGACCCUGAGGGCGGUGCGAGUGCUGAGACCUCUUAAACUCGUCUCGGGGAUACCCAGCCUGCAGAUUGUCCUGAAGUCCAUCAUGAAGGCCAUGAUCCCGCUGCUACAGAUCGGCCUGCUCUUGUUCUUCGCCAUCCUCAUGUUCGCCAUUAUUGGUCUGGAGUUUUACAGCGGGAAGCUUAACCAAAACUGCCUGCCAUCUGUCGAACUCCUUGAAAAUCAGACGGUUGACUCGUCAGAGUUGGCGUUCGCCUGCGGAGUGAGGAAGUGUCCGGAGGGAUACGAAUGCAACGACACCUGGAUCGGACCCAACGACGGCAUCACGCAGUUCGACAACAUCCUGUUCGCUGUGCUCACCGUCUUCCAGUGUAUCACCAUGGAGGGAUGGACGGCCGUUCUCUAUAAUACCAACGAUGCUUUGGGUACCACAUGGAACUGGAUGUACUUCAUCCCUCUCAUCAUCAUUGGCUCAUUCUUCGUGCUGAACCUGGUUUUGGGAGUCCUGUCCGGAGAGUUUGCCAAGGAAAGGGAGAGGGUGGAGAACAGGCGGGCCUUCAUGAAGCUUCGCCGCCAGCAGCAGGCGGAAAGAGAACUGAACGGCUACAGAGCCUGGAUAGACAGGGCAGAGGAGGUUAUGCUGGCAGAGGAGAAUAAAAGUUCUGGGAGAUCGCCGUUAGAUGUGCUAAAGAGAGCGAGUAAGAAGACUGGUGCACGGAGAGGAGCGCCAGGGGACGAGAAGUAUACAGACAUGUCUACUGCCAGCAUGUCUCGAUCCAGGAUGAACUUCCGCAGCGGCCGGCGAGGCCCAGCAGCCUACCUGCGGCGUAAAGAGCGCAUGUUACGCAUCUCCAUCCGCCGCAUGGUGAAGACGGACACUUUCUACCUGAUGGUGCUCAGUCUUGUGGCUCUCAACACCAUCUGUGUGGCCAUCGUCCACCACAACCAGCCCGACUGGCUGACCAUCUUCCUCUACUAUGCAGAGUUUGUUUUUCUGGGGCUGUUUUUGGCUGAGAUGUUUUUAAAAAUGUAUGGUCUGGGUUUCCGGCUCUACUUCCAUUCAUCUUUCAACUGCUUUGACUGUGGGGUCAUUGUUGGCAGCAUCUUUGAGGUAGUUUGGGGCUUCAUCAGGCCCGGCAUGUCAUUUGGGAUCAGCGUACUGAGGGCGCUGAGACUCCUGAGAAUAUUCAAAAUAACCAAAUACUGGGCGUCUCUCAGGAACCUGGUCGUGUCCCUUAUGAGCUCCAUGAAGUCCAUCAUCAGCCUGCUGUUUCUCCUCUUUCUGUUCAUCGUGGUGUUUGCUCUGCUGGGGAUGCAGCUUUUUGGAGGAAGGUUCAUCUUUGAAGAUUACACUCCCACCAACUUUGACACGUUUCCAGCUUCCAUCAUGACAGUGUUUCAGAUUCUGACUGGUGAGGACUGGAACGAGGUGAUGUAUAACGGGAUUCGCUCGCAGGGUGGAGUGCAGUACGGCAUGUGGUCAUCAAUCUACUUCAUAGUGCUCACCCUGUUUGGAAACUACACUCUACUGAAUGUCUUCUUGGCCAUCGCUGUGGAUAAUCUGGCCAAUGCACAGGAACUGACAAAGGAUGAAGAGGAGGAGGAGGAGUUCUUCAACCAGAGAUAUGCCAGAGGCAGAGAUGGCCUGAUAUCUGAUGGGAGGAGAAGACCCUACCUAUACAGGAAACGAGCCAUCCACCGAGGCAGACCUAACUUCCCAGAGGAGCCCGAGGACAGGUCGGGGCCCCCAGAAGAACAGCCCCUCAAGGGCCCCAAUGCCUUCGUCAGCCGCCGCGAGAGGAGGAGGAAAGUCCACAUGUCGGUGUGGGAGCAGAGAGCCAAUCAGCUGCGGAAACGUCGCCAGGUGGCCAGCAGAGAGGAGCUUCUUGCAGGCCCUACUGAGGACACAGAGGAGACUCCCGCCGUCCCCCUCCCCGCCUCCGAAGCCACCCCGGGUCAACUGCCCGAGUCUGUGGGGACGCCCAUCUCAGACACCCCGGCGUCCGUCACCAUCGCCAUCCCCGAGCCCCCGGGAUCAGAGCCUCUGGUUAACCUGAGCGAGGAGAAAACAGGAGGAGGUAACCACCGGGCGGCAGGCGGGGGCCGGCACAGGAUGGCCCGGAAGUUCAGACCCAGUCAGGGGGGGGAGGACGGGGCCCGGCACAGGAGGCACCGUCACCGCGACGCUCGCCCUGAAGCCAAGAGUCUGGACUGCACCGUGUCGCCUCACGAGGUGCCGCCGGUCAAACGGUCCCACAGCCAGGAGGGGGUCCUGGACGAGAAGGAGGAGAGGGACGAAAGAGAGGGGGCAGAGAGAGCAGAGGAAGAGGAAGGGUCCGUCAAAGAGGAUGGGGGAACAUGCAUCAUCAACCCAUACGCAGAAGUUGGAGAAGAGUGUCAAGGAGAAACUGCUGACCCUCCCCAGUGUGAGCAGCUGCUGGAGCGUCCCUGGUCAGAGCAGGGUGACGGAGAGCACACAGACCAAACCCUCCCAGUGGAGCCCGCCCUAGAGGCCACAGAGUUCAGUGUGAGGACCAUCGAGUCUGAGAGCCGCCAUGUCUCCAUCAAGCGUGCCAAAUCCGACCCGGCGGAAAGCGUGGCCAUCGAAAUGUCUGCACAACCGCUGCUGGAGCUCAGGCCCAUGACAGUGAACAGCAAAGAGUUGGAGGCGUACAAUUCUGAACAGACAGACAAAGAGAACGAUACCGAGGAUGAUGAGGAAGAGGACGACGACGACGACGACGAUGAGGAGGAUGAUGAGGAUGAGGAGGAGGAGAUGGAGGAACCUCCGACUCCUCCCAAACCUGUAGCUCCAGACAGCAUGUUCAUCUUCAAGGCCUCCAACCCAAUCAGGAGGAUCUGUCACUAUAUGGUCUCUUUGCGCUACUUCGAGAUGACCAUCCUCCUGGUGAUCGUGGCGAGCAGCAUAGCACUGGCUGCUGAGGACCCUGUGUGCACCAACUCCGACAGAAACAAGGUCCUCCGUUAUUUCGACUACGUGUUCACUGGAGUGUUCACCUUUGAAAUGAUCAUCAAGAUGAUAGACCAGGGUCUCAUUCUGCACGAUGGCUCUUAUUUCCGAGAUAUGUGGAACAUCCUGGAUUUCAUCGUGGUGGUGGGAGCUCUGAUUGCUUUUGCUUUAACGAAUGUGAUGGGAAACAACAAAGGCAGAGACAUCAAGACAAUCAAGUCUCUCAGAGUGUUGAGAGUUCUGCGACCUCUUAAAACCAUCAAGAGGCUUCCUAAACUCAAGGCUGUUUUCGACUGUGUGGUCACAUCUCUGAAGAACGUCUUCAACAUCCUCAUCGUGUAUCAGCUUUUCAUGUUCAUCUUCGCCGUGAUCGCCGUGCAGCUCUUCAAGGGGAAGUUCUUCUACUGCAACGACAGCUCCAUGAAUUCAGAGAAGGAAUGCCAGUAA